GUGCUCUACCAAGGAACCUAGUGACAGGUUUGGAACAGCGUGGAGCCCCUGGGCUCUCUACUUCCAGAGUGAGCCUGGCACACCCUCCUCUGUUGAGUGAGGAUUGGCUGCAAGUGGAUCCACUAGGAUGGAUAGAGGCGAGUCUCUCACCCUCUUCUGGAGCCGGGGAGCUGCAGCUAACUCGGGUCGGGAAAAUGCGACAGCGACUGCCCACUCGAGGUCGUCAUGGCGACAGCCAGUGAACGUGUUCCUCUCCUCGGGCAGGCCCCCGAGUGUAGAGGAACUGCUUCGCGAGGCGCAGCUCAAUCUCCAGAGCCUGUUGCAAGAAGAAUAUGAGGAACAGUAUUCGGAGGCCAGACUUCUGGGGCAGACCUUCCGCUCUUCUGAUGAGGCCCCUGAGCCUACUCCCAGCCAAAGGCCCCAGUCUGCCAAGCGUCUGGAGUUUGUAUUGAUGCCUGCAAAACCGCAGCUGAGCGAGGAUGAGCCCACAACCCAAGGUGUGAGGGCCCCUGAGGCCUGCCUGAGCCUGUCUACAGCCGACCAGCAAACUUCCUGGAAUGGUCCCUUCCCGCUACCCGUCCUAAAGGAGAAGCACUGGCUUCAGCCCUGCUCCACGCAGUCUGACCUUGUGCCCAUCAACAUCUCUGGGCAGCAGUUUGAUAGACAUGCAAGUUUUCGACACUCGUUGUUUAACACAGAGACAGCCGUGAACCCCAAGUCCACCCUGAGGCGGAGGCGGACCAUUAUUGGAUUCUCUAACUUUUCUCAGCGAGACCCAGGUCACAGCAACAGCCCAGCAGGCAGCCUGGCCUGCUCUGCCACCUCAGACAUCAGGCCCGGCCACUCAGCUCCACAAGUUGUUCAGGGAAGAGUUGCUAUUGGGCAGGAAGCUCGGUUUCCAAGUCUCACCUCGCCAGGACUGAGACACUCUUCUAGUGAGCCUGCAGACCCUCACCAGGCACGUGGUGACCCAGACCCUCCUGGCAUGGAGAGCAUGGCAGUGGUGUACAGUGUCCCCAGUUCUUGCAAUGGACCAACAGAGUCAACGUUCUCCGCUUCCUGGAAGGGAGAAGCUUUCACAUACAUGACUCCAAGUGCCAGCAGCCAGGGCAAUCAAGUCACUGAAAAUGGAAAAAAUCCUUCCUCUGGAAAUUCCUGGGUGUCUCUGAACACACUCCCACCUCUGGUCCCUAAGGAGGCGGCUACCCUUUUUGUCACCCGGGAUAACCCAGCAGGAUGCACUGGGCUACCCAGAUACUCUGAGCACCUCACUCAACGAAGGCAAAUACCAGAAAGACCUCCCAAGAUUGGCCUUCUGGCCCGUGGUACCUCAAGACUGGAAACAGGCCCAGGCGGGACCAACAGAUUCCGGGAGCGGUCACUGUCUGUGCCCACAGACUCCGGUGUCACCUCAGUGGACUAUGACGAAGAACAGAAGGCGAGUGAGGCCUGCAUCCUGCCUUAUGCCAGUACAAGCUCUGAAGGUAGUAACAGUACUGACAACAUUGCAGCCCUCAGCACUGACCAAGAGGCGCGGCACAGGAGGCAGAGAUCCAAAAGCAUUUCACUCAAGAAGGCUAAAAAGAAGCCCUCUCCACCCAUGCGAAGUGUCUCACUAGUGAAAGACGAGCCAGUCCACCCACCAGAAGGGGAAUUGGCAAUGCCCAAGGACCAGAGGCCCAGGAGCCUUUGCCUCUCCUUGGAACACCAAGGGCAUCAUUUGUCUCAGCCAGAUGCUCAAGGUCACUCUCAAGGCUCUGUGGCAGCUCUCAAAGAUCCGGAAGGCACACAGUUCUCUCACCACUGGUAUCUUACUGACUGGAAGUCUGGUGACACCUACCAGUCCUUGUCCAGCUCCAGCACUGCCACUGGGACCACAGUCAUUGAGUGCACUCAAGUUCAGGGAAGCUCAGAGUCUCUGGCCUCCCCUUCCACCUCCAGAGCGACCACACCCUCCCAGCUCUCCAUUGAGGUGGAAGCCAGGGAAGUGGCCUCCCCUGGAAGGCCCACUGGACUGAUGUCUCCUUCCAGUGGAUACUCCAGCCAGUCAGAGACGCCCACACCCACUGUCUCCAUGUCCUUGACCCUGGGCCACUUACCUCCUCCAAGCACCAGUGUCCGAGUACGUCCAGUGGUACCAGAAAGGAAGUCAUCACUGCCUCCAACGUCACCAAUGGAAAAAGUCUGCAAGUCGCGGUUAUCAUUUGACCUCCCGCUGACCUCUUCAGCCACCCUGGAUCUGUCCGAGAUGAGUAUCUCCAUCCGCAGCAAAACCAAGGUGAGCCGUCAUCACUCUGAUACCAAUUUUGGGGCCAAACUGGCACAGAAAACCAGUCCAAACCAGCCAAUCAUGCCCAUGGUCACUCAGUCUGACCUCCGUUCUGUUCGCCUGAGGUCAAUCAGCAAGUCUGAGCCAGAAGAUGACAUUGAGAGCCCGGAUUACACUGAGGAGCCUGGAGCAGAAGAAGUCUUCACCUUGCCAGAGAAAAAAGUGAAGCCUCCCAUAGCCGAGAAACCUCCACUGGCCCGAAGGCCUCCAAGUUUGAUUCACAGGCCGCCCUCUCUCCCUGGGGAGCAUCCACUAACUUCUCCUACUACGGCUAUGACACCCAGGAGCUCCGUUCCACACAUGAAGCAGCUCCCCCAAGACAGCUACACAGUGUUGCGGAAACCAAAGUCACCCAGCUUCCCCAGUGGCAGGAGCCCGGGGGAGUCGACAGCGCCCUCCACCCUUGUCUUCACACCUCUUGCCGGUUCCUCUGGUGCUUUCUUCUCAGGAACACAGCAACCUCCCCAGGCCAGUGUAGAAGAUGGGGGUGCCAAGGUGAGAGCCCUGCCUGAAAGAAUCAGCCUCCAGAGCCAGGAAGAAGCUGAGAAAAAGAUCAGCAAGAUUCCACCUCCGGUACCAAAAAAGCCCAGUGUGCUCUACCUGCCUCUCACCUCCCCUGUAGCUCAAAUGGAUGCCUGCAUGGCAGAACCAAGGCUGCCUUUCAGCCCCAUCAUCACCCUGGAGGAAGAUGCCAAGUGUCCCUCCGCCGCUGCCGCCGGUGAUGACUUGAAGUCACCUGGUAAACAGAUGGCUUCGGCUCCUCCCAUUGACAGUAAAAAGGAGGCCAUCUCUCCAGGGAGGCCUGUAGAACCAAGCACCGAAGAGAAAAGUUUAAUCAGUGAUAAAACAGCCGAAUGGAUCUCGGAGGAGGAUGAUGACGUGUUUGUGGCUUCUCGCACAACUGAAGAUUUGUUUACUGUGAUCCACAGGUCCAAAAGAAAGCUACUAGGCUGGAAAGAGCCUGGGGAGGCCUUCCCAGGCAGCAGACCCAGCUCCCAUUCGCCAGUGAAGAACACAGCUGACUCUCCCACCAGUGAGUCCGCUGCUGCCACAGGGCCAAGUGCCAGCCUAGAUGCUGGCAGAAAUGAUGAUUUCAAGGCCUUGCUCCAGAAGAAGGGAAGUAAGGCAACUCCCAGGACCCGCCCCUCAGCGGCCGAGCUGCUCAAGACCACUAACCCUCUGGCUCGAAGAAUCAUGGCACAGUUCUCAAAAGACUAUGAACCCACUGACAACCCCGGUACCUAAGCCCUGCUUCUUACUUACUAGCCCUGAGUAGAGAAGGGGGAAGAUAGAGGGCUUCAGAAAGGACCCAACCACAGCAACGACAAAAGCAUCUAUAUGUCUUUGACCUUAACUCACACUCUGGACAGCAGAGAGGCCAACACAACACAGCUGAGCUCACCGGGCACUCUGAUAGGCUUCAGACCAUCUGCGUUUCCAUGCUUCCAUCCUUACCAUGACUGAACAUUGGGGUCCUUCUUAUCAUCUGCCAGCGCUGUGCAUUAAGAAGAGAUUCUCAGAUUUGAGAGCCUGUGUGCCAUCUUUUCAAUGUCCUAGCUGUUUUGUCCAUUGGCUCCUGUCACUGAGAGGCACAGUGGGAGAACAGAUUGGGGACUUCCAAACCAGGGCUGGGGACAGAGGGUGCCAAUUCCACUGCUGAUUGAUUAUCUCCUCUCCCGGGGUGGCCUUGAUGGCCCUAAGUGAAGACACAGACAGACACCGAGGCCUCCUCAACCACAGUGUGACUUCCUCCGGAGUGAGUUCCGCAGGAGAUGUGCACUCAUUGCAGCAUGGGGUUGAUUGGAUGGCUUUUGUGGUGCAAAUAUGAAUGUGACUUCUCCAAAACUCCAUGCCUUUUUCAGUUCGAUUGUCUAUGCGGAGAUCAGGGUGAUGAGUUUUAAUAAACUUCUAGGACGACCCUCCCCCCAUUAGCUAGAAAAGAUAGGAUUGGGUGGCUUUGGCUGAACCAAGCUCAGCAAACGAAUGGGACAUUCGUUCACUCGCAUCUAGCCAAGGUAACUCGCAUGUGCGCCUUGAGGUCUUUGGAAUGCCUGCCGUCGUCAUGGGUAGCCAGGAUCUGUGUGCCCAGCCCAUGCUGUAUGUGCCAAGAACUCUCAUUUCCCUCCCAUGUAACAUUCAUUACAGGAAGUAAUUAGGUUGAAGGACUAGCAUCAUCAGAGGCUCAAGGAAUAGAAAGUAAGUGUACCUUGCCCCACACCAAUUGGUUCCGAGUGUGCUUUUUGUGGUUGUUUGGGUUUUGUUUAAAGGAAAUCUGGCUCCAUUUCAAAAAUCAAGAACCUGUAGACCAAAAAAAGAUCUACGCAAAAAUCAAAAAGGCAGCCUGCUAUGGCCCGUAAUACAAGAAGGCUGCUUUUUGCCAUUUGGGUACUGCUAUUUGGCCAACUUUCGGCUAGCCAGGGGGGUGGGAGUGGGGAGGAGCAGAGCAGCUAGGAUAAAGAGAACACUGAAAGAGUUCCCAAGCAAUCACAAUUACGGCUUCCCUUCCAAAGCCAACAGUCACUGGCUGUUCUUGUCAACUUGACUCUGGAAACAGAGCAAGAGCGCCUGAUUUCCAUACACCUGGUUUCUGAGGGGCUAGGGACAGGAUAAGCAGAGCACUGAACAGAGAGCCUGCUGGCCAGUGUUGGAAAGUACAUUGUCUUCUGGUCCCAAAAGGCCAAAAGGAAAUGAGCUUGUAGUGUGCUUUGCAAAAAAUAAAAUAAAAUAAAAAGGUCCCUGACCCAUCCCUCCCACACCCCCUGCCCUAACAGAAGCCAUGGAAAUAAUAAACAGUUCAGGGAACUCUAGUUACUUUGAAAGUAUUUAAACCAUUUGACAUGAAGAACUUAACCAAGUUUAAUGAGUUUUGCCUGAAUUUAAAUAAGAGUCGGGCAGGAAUGUGGUAUAUACAGUUUGAAUCACUGCACCUGGGAGAUGGAGACAGGCAGAUUGUUGUGAGUUUGAGGCCAGCCUGA